GGGUCCCAGCCGACUUUCUUGGGGACGGAAAUUCGCAUCCUGUCUCCCCCGUACAACGACAAGAAUCAGGUAUCAAUUUAGCCACUUGCUCCGAGCCAACGAGUGAGUUAGGGACCUUUUCUGGCUAGUGAUCCGUCGAAAAUAUGCAUUUAGAGGACCAACAGAAGGAAAGAGGGAUUUUCGCAAAAUGAAAAAUAAAAAGAAAAAGAAUAAAUCUAAAUAAAAUGGCAGUCAGAAAAAUAAAUCCUGACACAUUGACUUAAAACUGGCAUCACUUCCGACUGAACCCCCCUCACCCUUCCCGGUCCCUUUUCAAAUGAGAGAAAGAUAGUCGGAACAUGUUGCCCGCUACCAUUCCAGGCUCAGCGAUCUUCAAUGCUUCCAUCAAGUUUUGAUUCCAUUUGGAUCUUUUUCUUUUUCUUUUUUUGGGAUUCGUCUUGAUUUAUGUACGUCGCGGAGCUGGAACCAAUGCGUUUUCUUUGCCGUUAAUAAUGGCACAUCAAUUCUAUACCCCGGAGGACGAGGUCGGCUUCGAACCUCAGUCUAAGCGAGAUGCUCUUUUACUUCCACACUCGACACAGAUUAGCAGUCAACAGGAGGCUGUGGACAGAACGUCUGGGACCAUUACUCCAAUCCUGGAAGGGGAGAAGAGCCGAAGCUCCACCAGGAGACGUAUUCCAGUGGCAUGCAAUCGAUGUCGAAAAAGAAAAAUUAAGUGUAGCGGUGAUAUUGGCGAUGGCCACGGGUGUUCAAACUGCCGGAAUUCAGGAAAUCAGCACUGUCAGUUCCUAAGGGUCAAUUCGUCCAUGUUGCAAACAAAAGCUUCUGGAUGGCCGUAUCCCGCUACAAACACUCCGCUGUCUUCAGCUCACCAGAGGCAAGGUGCGUACACACCCUCAGUGGCUCCAAAGCAAGAGUUCGUAUCGGUGAAUACCUCGAACUUCCGCAUUGCUUCGCUGUCACGCCCAUCAGCCUUUGAUAUAAGCUCGGCCGAGCCUCAGCAGUCACAUGGUCGCCCACUUUUUGGUCAGGGCCACAUCGUCAAUUACGAAGACGAGUCAUCGACUGUAUACGGUUCUCAGCCUCCAACAUACGUAGUACCCACAACGCUCCAAGGAGUCACACCGGACUACUACGGGAUCCCUUGGUCAAAGACGUGUCAUUCUGGGCUUAGCAUUAGCAGGGGACCUGAUGGAGGGGUAUUACCUGAGCAUGAAGCGGAGGGCACUUUCCACCAAUCCAAUUACGCUUAUAUAGUCCCGGAACCAGGAACUCAAUCCCCCGAUCCCACUUUUGCGCCCUCAAUGAUUGCUCUAUCGUCCGAGGCACAGGGAGCAGACCGAACUCUUCCCAACCCCAAUGGGCGAGGCCAGCUUCAACUGGGCCAUUCAGUGUUUCCAACAUCGUCGGAAGCUAUAUCUGGGCUUCCUCAACUAGACUGCAGAAUUGGACAUCCUUGGACACCCAAAGGCAUUACUGAUGACAACACUCGGUCGAUGAGGCAGUACACCCUUGGAGCUCUCAACGGCAAUUCCAUGAGCCGGGGAAAGCCGCCUCCGCCGAGUGCACAGGAGAUGGUGAUUGGAUACCCACAGAUGUCGACGGGUAGUACUUCUUCACCUUUGUUGCCCUCUAGAAGCAUCUUUACUCGAUUGAACCCAGGGAAUUCGGGAGAAGAGCUACAGGGAAGCGAGGAAGCCCCAGGCCGAAGGUCGAUGUUAAGUACAGGUGCACGUUUUGCUCUUAUGGAGGGUGUCUCCGACAUUUACAGGUACUCCAGCUCUGAGAAGAGAAAAGGUCUCAAACCAGAUACUUCUGGGACGUUGAUGAACGGACUUCCUUACACGCGGCCACCAGAGCAGCACGAAAACACUUUCUAUGCUUUCAGCUUGCCGGUAGCGGAUGGCCUUUCGGGUCCCGGAACAACCGCAGAAGCACAGCGGACGCAGACUCUGAGUAACCCGGGGAGCUUCUAUCCUGGGGCAUGUUGAACGGCUGUGCAUCUAUCUGCCUAUGGUGCAAGCGCUAUAGCCCCAGCCGAGAGGGUCAAACACUAAUGUUGUUACUUUUUAUUU